AUGAGUUCAGAUUCUAUUGGCCUAAAUCUAAAAAACAGCGAAAGGUACCUAAAAUCCCUUUCCAACCCAGAAACAUCAGCAUCCCGUCUCAAAGUUAGAGACCUUCAAGCAGAACUCCAAAGACGAGACAUUGAGCUACAGUUGACCCAAGAAGAGCUCAAAAAAUCUGCAGAAACCAUGAAGCAGUACCAAAACAAGGUCGCUGAGCUUUCCUCCAAGCUAAUUUCUCGAGAUGACGACUUCUACGCCCUUUCUGAAAAAAUAGAGAAGCUUAGAGAGCAGCAUAAUGAUAACCUGCAAAACAUAAAAGACCAAUUAACUAACUACAAUAUAGACAUUUCCCUUAUCAAAGGGGUGAAUUCAAAUGAGUCUGAAUACUCUCCUCAAAACGCUAAUUUAAGGCUCACAAGUGGCAGUUUAUUAGUCUCUCCAAUAAUACAAUCGCCUGCAGAGUUCGCUGAUUGAAAAUCUCAGGAGUUUCAAAAAGAAGUGGACGUGCUCAAAGAAAAACUUGUAAUUGUUACAAGGGAAAGGGAUAACUAUAGAGCAUGAAAAGAAAAUCAUAUUAAAGAAACCCAGGAAUUAGAAAAUUAUGUAUUAGGGCUUAAGUCAAAAUUGAGAAGAGUUGGGAGAGCUUUAAAAAGUUUCACAGCUAAAGGGACUCAGCUACAAGCUUUGUUGAACACUUCGGACCCAGCUGUAAAAAAGUCAAUAAAUGCAUUUUAUGAAGAAAAAUUGGAGUUGGAGAGUGCCAUUUCGGAAAUUGCUGGACAAAGUGAAAGGUCAAAUCGAAGAAGAUCUCCAGAAAAACUAAUGCAUAAACUUUCUAAGAAAAAACAAGAAGUUGAGCAGCUAGCUCUCUCCUCUCUUUGGUUAGCGAACAAAAAACUUUUCAGAUAAAAAUGAAAAUUCUAAUAUAAUUUAGUAAAAUCUAUAUUUUAUAAUGCUAGUUGUCUAAAUUUAUUAUAUUUAUUAGAGAUUUCGUUAUUGUAAUUAUUAAAAAUAUAGCUUUUCCAAAGAAAAAUUAUAUUUAAAAAUGUUUGGCUCGCUAAUUUUCCAAAAAAUGGGUAUUUUUUAAUAAUUUAGUUCAUUAAUUAAGGGGGAGUAAGCCACUAUUAUACAGAAACUGUAGAAAGUCUUACUAUAAAAAUUGAAACUUUAGAAGACAUGGUAAGAAACUUAAAUCAAGAAAAAGAAGCCUUAGCAGCUGAAAAUAAAGACUGCAGAAAUAUUUUUACAAUACAGCAGCGGCAAUUAGACGAAGUCAAAAAAGAACACAUAACUGCAUUAGAAAAUAUGAUGAAUGAGUAUAAGCUGAUCCUUGACACUAAUAGAAGUCUAAGCGAAGAAAACGAUAAUUUAAUUGUUCAGAGAGACCAAAUUAAUGAAAAAUACCAAAAAGAAGCAAAAUUUUCUAAAAGGUUGUCAAAUGAAAUUGAAGAACUUCAGAGCAAAAUAAUUGCGAUAAAUGGGGCUAAUAAUGUACUGCAAAGUCAAAUUGAAAUGUACAGAAAAAGUCUUGAAGAAAGCUUAGAAAAAGGAGGAAAUAAUGUGACAAGACAAUUUGAGAUAAAAGAUAAUGAUAUUAGUAGCCAAUUAAAAGAUUUUGAAAUUAAAGAGCUGCAGAGAACAAUUGAAGAACUAAAAAGCCAAAAACCAAAGGAUCCAGUUCUAAGUCUUAUACAAGUUGAAAGCGUUUUUAUUGAGCAAUCCGACAUAUCUCAAGAAAUUAUUAACUCCCCCCCCCCUCCGUGAGUGAACAAAAAAAUUUUGUUCACUCACGGAGGGGUUAAUUUUUUUUUUUAAAGCAAUUUAUAUAUAAAUUUUAUAAAAAUUAUUUAUUUUCGAAAUUUAAAAAAAAUCCUAAUUCGCAAAAAUUGGAAAGUAAAUAUUAAUUUAAUUUAUAAAAUUUAUGUUUUAAAAGGCAAUUCGUUUAAAAUUAAACAGAAUUAGCUCUAGAUUUCAUUAUGCUAAUUAUCAUUUAUAUAUCAAAAUUAUUUUCCAUAAAAAUUUUUUGUAUUAAAAAAAUUUUUGUUCACUCACGGAGGGUGGGUUUUUUGGGCAAAAAAUAGCGAUUUUUCUAAUGGUUUUGUUCACUCACGGAGGGGGGGAGUAAGGAGCUUAAUCGCCAGCUUACAGAAAAAGAAAGAAUCCUUAAUGAUUGUAUAAUUAAUAUGAUGGCGAAGAAGAAACAUGUCCUUGACAACGCACCAAUUUGGGCGCAAAAAUGGCUUUAUAGCCUAAAUUAAGGUCUGGGUUGCUUGUAUAGAGCAGCCUUAUGGGGCGGCAAGCUUGGGAAUCAGCAGGUGGCCACUCCAGUCUGGUAUUAGUUAUCCAGAUGGUUUUUAAAAACAAGGAUUCUUUCCUUACUGGCUCCGAGGGUCACAGUUCUUUUUUCAGGGUGUCAUCUCUCCUAAAAUUGGCGGACAGGAGGUAUUAGGUUAACCUUUGCCUCCAUAGCACCGUACGAUGCGAAGUGUGGAGAACCAAGUGCAUGGUGCAAGCCCCAGGUCCCUUAGUAGACCACUGUUGAUGUGGCUCAGGCAACUGAGCUGCCCCAGCAAACAGGGUGCAGUGGUCGCAAGCGUUCAGAGGCAUCAAAUCUGGAAGAUCUUAAGCUCAUUAAUCAUAAUGAUUAUAUUUUAGAAAUAAAAUUAGCUGAAAAUAAAAUUCAAGAUUUAGAGAAGCUUUUAUUAGAAAAAGACCAGACAAUAUCAUUCUCCAAUGAAACAAUAAUAAAGCUAAAGCAAGACCAAAUUACCAACAUGCAAAAUCAAGUUGAAGAGAAACUAUAUAGAAUUGGUGGCUUACAAAGAAAGAAAACACCAGUUACUAAUGAAUUUGAUGAAGAAAAUUUAGGGCUUACUCAAAAAAUUAAUUGCUUAGACCAAGAGAGACGUGAUAUGGAAAAAGAAAAAAAUGCUGUUGAAAAAGAUAGGAUUAAAGCAGUGGAGGAAACAGAAAUUUGGAAAGGAAAAGCUAUUUCACUGGAAACUGAAAAUAAAGAUUUAAAGAGACAGAUAGUCGAACUAAUGAGAGGGAUUCAGCAGUAUGAAAUAAUCAUUCAAAAUUUAGAAAAUGAAAAAAAAUCUGUCAAUCUGCAGCCAAAAUCAAAAAUAGAAAAAAUCCAAGCAGCAGAAAAAGAAGCAGGCAUUCCUUAUAAAAUAGAAGAAUUCAAUGAUCUUAAUAUUCAGAUUGAAAAGCUUAAAAUCGAGCUAAAUCACAAAAAUGAUCAGCUAGUAAAAGAGCAGAAUAAUAAAAAUAAAGCAAUUCAAGUCUUAAAAGAAAGAUACGAACAAAUAAUAAAUGAUCUAAACAAGGAGCUUGACGAAAAAGCUGAUGCUUGUGAAAAGCUUCAAGAAGAAAAAUUAAAAUUGGAAAAGGUUUUAAAAGAAAAAGAGACUUUAAAAGCUCAAAAUGAAAAAAAAAUUAAAUCUCUAGAAAACGAGCUUGAAGAAAAACAGUCACUUUUUAGCUUUGCUGAAAAAGAAAUAGAAAAUUUAAAAAAAGAAAAAGAUUAUAUUGCUAAAGAGCUGCAAGAAGAAAAACAAGAAAAUAAAAGAUUAGAAGACAGAAUGGCUGUUAUAGAAAGCAUAGGAAAAGAAAAAGAAAUAUUCGAAGAUAAAUCAACAGAAAUCAGUAUUGUUAAAAGAGAAAAAGAGCUUUUAUCAAGAAAACUGCAACAAUCUGAAGAAAAAAUCAAAAAAAUGGCUGAUGAGAUUUUAGGAUAUGAAGACCUUUCAAAAGUGCUUGCAGAAAAAGUGGAAAAACUUGAAGAUGAUAAAGAAGAUGCAACAAAAUUAACCUCAAAACUUAAAAAAGAGAUUUCUGAUUCUAAAGAAGGGGUAAAGAAAAUUUUUAAAGAAAAAAAAGAGCUUGAAAAUGUAUUUGAAGAAUAUAGUGAAAGAGUGAAAGGAUUGGGUCAAUCUAAUGAAGAAGCCCAAAAACGGAUUAAAGACCUAGAAAACAAGUCAAAAAAAUCUGAAAAGGAAAAGUCUGACCUUGCCAAGCAGAAUCAAGAACUGGAAACCAGAAUUCAAAAUUAUGAGAAACUCAUAAAACAAUUCGAUGAUUUUCAAAAGCAAAACCAAGAGCAGGCAGCACGACUGCAGAACUAUGAAAAGCGUAGUAAACAGCUUGAUGAUCUACAAAGGCAAAAUCAAGAAUUAGAAGCUAAGCUACAGUCUGCUGAAAGGCUUAAUAAACAAACUGGUGAUAUUCAGAGGCAAAAUCAAGACUUAGAAGCUAAACUGAAAAUUUUCGAAAGAAUUAAAAAGCAGCUAGAAGAUAUCUUAGUUUACAAUUAAAAUGGAGGUGCUCUGAUAAGGGUAGCUACCUUAUCUUGGGCUUAGUGAAGGGGAAUUUCGGUUCUUCUAAAAGUUUAAACUAUAGAGAUAUUAUCCGCUGGCACGAGGUAGUGGAAGAAGAGUGUUCUUUGAAGCUGGAGCGAAUGAAGAUCUAGCAAUCAAGAAACUUCAAAUCCACUAUUCAGAGCAGAAGUAAUAUUUCAUGUAAAAAGCUUCAGAAAACAGAAGAUGAGCUAUUAUGAGUUAUCUUAAUAACUGACUAAAUCUUAGUUCUUAGUUAAGAUUAUUGAAAAGUUCCCUAUUUACCUCAAAGGUAUUUAUCUCCACCUUGCUUCGCGACUGCCUGCCGUCUGCCUAUGCUCCUUCAGAAAUGGGCUAUCACACUAGCUGGAGUGCAGAGGAAUGGGUCACCAUGCCUUACGCAUGACUUGGGCUGCUCUUCCAGAAAUUCGAAAAAUAGAAUUUUCUGGCCAAGGUGUCGAUUGAUUGGGAUGGAACUCGCUGCCCAGGGCGCAGCUCCCGGCAUUGCAUUAGGAAAUUUCCCAAUUGGUUCAGAGGACUCUGAGGGGCUUUCCCUUUUCAAACCGAGCAUCCACCUUUCACAGAGGUAAAACCUUAACUAGAAUAAGCUACGGUCUCACUCCUCCAACAUUGCGCUCUGCAAAACCAAGUAAAAUCUGGCCAGGUAAAGAACGCUAUCCUCCCUUCUUCAAGCUCCCUGUGUUUCCUCAGCUACAGGUGUUAAGAGAGUGGCUGGCUCGCCACACAAUUUUAAUGUAUAUGCUAGAAGAUACUCAAAAGCAAAAUCAGGACCUAGAAGCAAGGCUUAAGAAUUCUGAAAGAAAUGGGAAAAUUCAAGAUGAGCUGCUAAAUCAGAUCCAGCAGCUAAGUAUUGAACUACAAAACUCUGAAAGGAGAAAUAAGCAACAAGAGGAGUUAUUGAAGCCUAGUCAAGAAUUAGAAAUCCAAUUGCAAAACUAUGAGAAUCAAAAUAAGCACUUAUCAGAUGAAGUUUUUGAGCUGAAAGAAAGGCUUGGGAUCUUGGAGUUUGAAAAAAAUGAGCUCAUGAUUGAAAAUGAUGUCGAAAGCGAAAAUCCAGCUCCUUUGCAAGAGGAUAGCUCAAAGGUGUUAUAGCGCUUUCCCGAGGAUGGCGCGGAAUAGCGCCAUCCUCGGGAAAAGUCAACUAAGCAUCCACACGGGAACUGGGAGUUCCACGUGUGGAUGCCAUUUUUGACAUGUGGGAUCCAAACUUCCACAUGUCAAAAUGGCAUCCACACGUGGAACUCCCAGUUCCCGUGUGGAUGCCUUCCUGGCUUUCCCGAGGAUGGCGCCAUUCAGCGCCAUCCUCGGGAAAGCGCUAUAUCAAUUAAGGUUGCAAAACAAAAAGAAAAAAUAAAAAAUUUAAAAGUUUUGGCUGUUGGUGAAUAUAUAAUAUUAAUUGUAAAUUUUAUAGUAGCUCCAAAAUAUUUAGCUCUUUUUUAUAAAUUAACAGAAAAAACUGCAGAUACCCUUAACAUCAAAUUUAUCCAAAAAAUAUAUACCGUAACUCAGAUCCAAAACCAAAUCCUUUCAGUUCAAAGUCACUUUGAAAAUCAACUAAAACUGAUUUUAUUAAAAAGUGAGAAAUUAUUAUCCGCUCCAAACAAAUUGCUGGCCAAAUUUUUAAAAUUUCAAACAGCUUGGUCAAUUAGAAACAGCAAUGUCUCUUCUUUCCUUCAGCUUAAAGAAAAAUCAAUCGGCUUAGAAUCAGAAAAUAACAGUCUAAAGCUUCAAAUAAAUGCUUUAAAAGACCAAAUAGAAUCCAUAAAAUCCCAAUUAGAAAAUUGCCGAAAGACUGAGGCUCCUUCACAGGAGCUUCUCCAAAAACUUAUGAAAUUUGAAAAAGAAAAAUCUGACCUUAAUUUAGUCACGAUUAUUUUUCUAAAAAAAAUAUAUAUUAAUUUAAUAAAAAAUAAAAAAUAAUUUAGUCAUAAACAACUUUUCAGCUGAAGAAUAUCCUCAAAAAAUUGCAAGACUUGAAAAAGAAAAUUCUGAUUUAAAAUCAGUAAUCAAAAAUUUGUCAUCUGAAGAUUUUCCUCACUCCCCCCCCCAUCCUUGAUCGAAAGACUCACUGUAAAAAUUCCUAAAAAUUGGGAAAUUAACCCCCAUCCUUGAUCGAACGAUUUUCAUAUCAUGCAAAUUUUUAUAUAUAUAAAAAUAUAUUGGUUAUCAAAAGUUUGGGAAGAUGUGCCUAAUGAAGUUGUUGUCAGAGGCUUUGAGACAACAGAAAGCUACGAAAUCAACCAUCCGAAGUGCUUUAGUCAUCACCCUGGUCUUAAAAAACUCAAUAAUCUAAAAAAUAGAGAUUCUUUAAAAUUUGCAAUUUUUUAAUUCAAUAAGGAACAAAUUAAAAUUUAUACAGUUUAAAGGGGGGGUAACCAAAAAAUCAAAAUAUUAAAAAUUGGUAUUUAUGAAAUUAAUUCAAUUUUUUGCUGUAAAAAUAAUUAUUAAAUACUCUAUUUAAAAGUAUGUAAAAAAAAAAAUAUAUAUAUAUAUAUAUAUAUAUUUUAUAUGUAACAUUUUUUUCCCAAAAAUUACUUACUUUUAACCGCCAUCCUUGAUCGAACGAUGGCGAGCCGUUCGAUCAAGGAUGGGGGGGGAGUCAGAGAAUCGCAAAACUUGAAAAAGAAAAAUCAGAGCUUGGUUCUAUCGUGAAUAAAUUUUCAAAUGAAGAAUAUCCUCAAAGGAUAUCCAAGCUUGAAAAAGAAAAAUCUGAGCUUGCUUCAACUCUAAAUAAAAUAUCAGCUGAAGAAUAUCCACAAAAAAUAGCGAAGCUAGAAAAAGAAAAAUCUGAUUUAAACUUAAUGCUAAGCAAAGUCGAAGAGUUACCUCAAAAAAUCUCUAAACUUGAAAAAGAAAAAGCAGACCUAGGCUUUAUAAUAGCAAAAAUUUCAGCUGACCAUGAAAAAUUGCUAUCAGAAAAAGAUGAUUUAAAUAAAGUUAAGUCAUCUUUAGAGACUGAAAAAGCUAAGCUAUUGGAAACCAGAGAUAAAUUAAUAAUGCAGUGUAAUAAGCAUCAAGAUGAAAUUGAUGAUCUAAAAUCUCAAAUAGCAAGCGUCGCAUCACUCCAAAAAAAAUGUGAAGAGCUAAUGAUAGAAAAUAUUCGUCUUACUGAUGAAGCACACAAAUCAAACCAAAGGCAUGAAGAAGAAGCUGAAAAAUUAAAGCUGCAAUUUGACGAAAUUUCUACAAAAUAUGAAAGUCGUGAAAGGCUUAUGAAGUCCUCAAUGGACAACAAAAUGAACCAAGUCUCAAGCCUAAUUGAAGAAAACGCAAAACUUAAAAACAAAAUCAAUAACUUAACAAGUGAAAAUCAAGAGGCUAGCUUAAAAGAAGAGCUGGAAAAAAUCAAGGCAUUAAAUGCAGAACUUUAUAAUAAAAUCCAAGAAGAGGAAGAAAAAAAUAACGAAAAAAUCAUAAAAAUUGAGCAAGAAUACACUGAAAGCAUCAAACAAAUGUUUGAGGACAUAAAAAAAUUUAAAAAAGAAAUAAAUAGAUUAGAAUUUGAAAAAUCUCAAUUGGAAACAAUAGUUGACUCAAUUACAAAAGAGCUGGAAAUUUCAAGUUUAGAGCUACAAAAACUGCGUGAGGAGCAUACAGAAUAUAAAGAAAAAGCUGAGCUAGAAAUUGCUGCACUUAAAGAAAGCAGGUCUGAAGAUAAUUUAGAGAUCCAAAAACAAGAUGAAUUUUUGCAUGAAGAGCUCACUGCAAAUAUUGAUAAUUUGACCAAAGAAAACGGGAUUAUAAGAAGGGAAAAUAAAAGAUUAAAAAGUUUAGUCGAUAAAAUUGAGCCACAAAUAGCUGAGUCAGACCCAAGCAAGCUGGCUGAUUCUAUAAAGCAAGUGUUUUCUGAAUUUAAAUCAAGAAUGCUAAUGUGCAGUCCUAGGCAUAGUAAAUCUGAUAUAUUAGAAAAUUAUAUAGGCUCCCCUAAAAUACAUAAAGAAAGUAUUGUUGAAAUACCUGAGGAGUCUUCGUCAUUUGCAUUCGGAGAGAUUAGAUUAGAGGGGGGUCGCUGGAGAUUAUUUCAGCCAAUACCCUUGCACGUUUUAGCUUCGCGCUAAGUGGCAUUAAGCCCCAGCUUACGCUAUUUUCUGUUGACGUCCUGAUUUUUUGUCGCUCCUACAGCAGAGGUCCCACCAUCUGCCAUAAUGGUGGGAAUUCGCAUUCGGAGAAGAAAGCUUAUUUGGGGCUUCAAGUUUUGAUUCUAUUAUAAAAAUGAAAACUGAAGCACCUUUGACACAGGACUAUAAAAAUAUAAUCCAAAUGUAUGAGGAGGAUUUGCUGGAAAAAGAGAGGAUUAUUAAAGAACAGGAAGAAAAAAUAAAAAUUUUGGAAAAAGAGAAGGGUAAAGAAGAAUUGGCAGUAUCAGAACAAUAA